UGAUGAUCUAAACAUAAUCGAUCUCUCUUUUUAAAGAUUUUUAGCUAGAUAGCUAGCUCCUCGCCUUGAAAUGGAAAAGCCCCAAAAUGACACAGCUUCACCAUCGCCAGCAGCAACUACUUUCGUUCAGGCCGAUGCAAACACUUUCAGGGACCUUGUCCAGAAACUUACUGGAUUCACCAACGACACAGAGAAACUCCCGGUUACUUACCCUGGAAGUCACCCUUCGAAAAUGUCCCUUCACGGCGAAUCAACGGCCCCACGCCGUCCACCUUUCAAGCUCCAAGAACGUAGGCAACACGCCAUGAGGAAGCUGGAUAUCAAGCUCGGUCUCUCCACUCUACGCAACUCACCCAAUCACUACGUUUCUCCCAGCCAAUCUCUCCGGCUAGAUUCAACGAUUCCCAGUCCGAUGACUCCACUAGGAUCCGAUUCGCUUUUUUACUCCAAUUCUUCUGGUACUCUAUCACCAUCAUCUCCUUCUCCAAUGGUUUCGGAGGAGGAAAAGGCGAUUGCAGAGAAGGGAUUUUACUUGCACCCAUCACCAUUAAAUACGCCUAGAGGAAGCCAACCACCGGAGCUCUUAACACUCUUUCCGGUUAGUUCACCUAGUCAGGAAAAACGGGAUUAGGGUUUGUUGAUUUGUUGAUCAUUCGUGGGUUAAAAACUUAAAAGGUGUUACAAUUAUUGAUGGUGUUGUAUUGUACGAGUAUAGUAGUUUAUUGGAGGUU